GGCCUUGAAAAUACCCUGUAAUCAAAUCAGAAUCAGAAUCAAUCCUGAUUCCUAUUCCCUAUACCACAUUUGUACCGUCCCACUUUCUCUUCCUCCUUUUUGCCUUUUGGCCUUUUCACUCUCCCUAUCUUCUCCUUAUUACUCUCUCUCUCUCUCACACACACACACAGAGUUUUCUUCUCAGCUUCUGAUGCAUCGACUAAGAUUUCUAUAGCUUCUAAUGUUGUUUUCAAUUCCCUUUGGUUUGAGCAAAACUAGUAUUAGCUUUUGCAAUCUGAGUUUUGGAUUCAUGUUUACUAGCACUUCGCUGUAUAAUUCAGCAACUGUUAAUUAUAGCUCCAAAGUCUUCUGGUUCUUUUGUAAUUAAUGGUUUUUGAAUCAAUUUCCGCUAUUACGCCUGAUUUCUCUCGCAAUUCACUAUUCGCAACAACAAGGAAGAGAAGGGGUUUGAGGAAAUUGGGCUCAAAUUUGGAUUUCAAUUGGGUUUCUACUAAAUGGGCAAUUCGACCUUGUUGUGUGAAUGGUGGUGGAAACCACCAUAAUUUUGAUGUACAUAUUACAAAUAGUAUUGCCACAAGAGGAGCUCGAAAUAUUCUAAUUAAGAGGUUUUCUGAUGAAUUAGAACCUUCUACAAGUGUCUCUGAUGAAUUAGAAGCUUCUACUAGUCGUUCUAGUAGUAACAAUUUUGCUAGUUUUCAAGAAGACCCUUUUGUAGAUAAGUUAAGGACUCAAUUAGGGGUGAUGCAUCCAUUACCUUCACCUCCAAUUAAUCGAGGCGUUUUCGGGCUUUUUGCUUUGUUUUUCUUUGUUGGUGUUGUUUUUGAUAAGGUUUGGACUUCAAGAAAAAGUAGUUCUAAGGGAGGGGGGAAUGGAGGGAACCCCGAGGGGAUGUGGCCGCGGGUCCCAAUGAAUCUUUCGUCAUUGUUAGAGAAGGAUUUGCAAAGGAAAGAAUCAGUGGAGUGGGUAAAUAUGGUGUUAGGGAAGUUGUGGAAGGUCUAUAGAGGCGGCAUUGAGAAUUGGAUCAUCGGUUUGCUUCAGCCUGUUAUUGAUAAUUUGAAGAAGCCUGAUUAUGUAGAGAGAGUUGAGAUUAAGCAAUUUUCGCUCGGGGAUGAGCCUCUUUCUGUUAGGAGCGUCGAGCGCAGAACUUCUCGUCGAGUCAAUGAUUUGCAGUAUCAGAUAGGUCUCCGAUACACUGGUGGUGCUCGUAUGCUUUUAAUGCUGUCACUAAAAUUUGGAGUUAUCCCCAUUGUUGUACCAGUCGGUGUUCGGAACUUUGACAUUGAUGGUGAACUCUGGGUCAAGUUACGAUUAAUACAAACAGAGCCUUGGGUUGGAGCGGUUUCUUGGGCUUUUGUUUCCCUUCCGAAGAUAAAGCUUGACUUGUCACCAUUCCGUUUGUUCAACCUAAUGGCAAUUCCUGUUCUAUCAAUGUUUUUGAAGAAACUUCUUACUGAGGAUUUACCUCGUCUUUUCGUCCGACCGAAAAAAAUUGUUUUGGAUUUUCAGAAAGGGAAGGCAGUUGGCCCUGUUCCAAAUGAUGUUAAGUCUGGUCAAAAUGAAGUGAAGGCUGGAGAAAUGCAAGAAGGAAACAGGGACUUUGCUGGAGAACUAUCAGUGACUCUUGUUGAUGCAAGGAAACUUUCUUAUAUCAUCUAUGGCAAAACUGAUCCAUAUGUUAUUCUAAGACUUGGAGAUCAAGUAAUACGCAGCAAAAGAAACAGUCAAACUACUGUAAUUGGACCUCCUGGAGAGCCUAUAUGGAAUCAGGAUUUUCACAUGUUUGUCACAAACCCCAGGAAACAAAAGCUAUAUAUAGAAGCAAAGGAUUCCCUUGGAUUUACAGAUUUUACUAUUGGGGCAGGAGAGGUUGAUCUGGGAUCUCUUGAAGAUACUGUACCGACAGACAUAAUUGUGGUCAUCAGAGGCUGGGGACUACUGGGACCAAGGCCUGUAGGAGAGGUCUUACUCCGACUGACAUAUAAAGCUUAUGUCGAAGAUGAAGAAGAUGAAAGGAUUGAAGCAAGGUCCUUGGAUUUGGAUGCUUCAGAUGAUGAAUUAUCCGACUUUGAUGAACGAGAUGCUGCUGUAUAUGAGCAGCGUGGAAAGACUGUGUCUAGUGGAACAGAUAAAGAAUCAUUUGUGGAUUUAUUAGCAGCGUUAAUUGUCAGUGAGGAAUUCCAAGGGAUCGUGGCAUCUGAAACAGGCAAUAUUAAAACUGUAGAUGAUUUUAAAACUAGAGUGUCAGCAUCAAGACAACGUACUCCUGCUAAACCUGUACAACAAAAUUCUGAUACCCCUGAAAAUUUCGGAGAAUUGGCCCUAUUUUGGCUUGCGGUUAUCACAAGUAUCUCAGUUCUAAUUGCUCUCAAUGUCAGUGGUUCUAGCAUUUUCAAUCCCUGAUAUAUGAAACAAAAUAAAAUUGAUACCACCUAGUAAAGAAUACAAUAUAGAGCUUCUGCUGGGUGAUUCUGUCAAAACCACACAGUUGUCCCCACUCUGGGAUUGCCCGAACGGAAACUUUAUCAUAGUUCGUGCCUUUUGUCAUUCUUCCAUUCGAGGCUGGGCAACCGAUUCCUCCAUUUUCUGUCUACUGUUGUACACUAACAUUUUAACAAGAUCAAAUACUCAAACCCUCUCCCCCCUACAACCUCCAAAAGCAAAUGAAGAGGAUCCCCAAACACAUAAAAGAGAACAUUCAAAUAUAUUUUUUUUUACAAUGAGGUAUAUAUUCUUGUUAGCGGCAAAUUUUGGCCAUCCCCUUCUUCUAGGUAUUUGUUUCAUCUGGUAAAAUUUCUCUCCUCUCUCUCUGUCUCUGUGUGUGUGUGUGUGUUGCAGAGUUGGAUUCAGCCACUGAACUUUGACUUUAAUGUGAUUUAAGUUAUUUUAGCCGUGGUUCACCAUGUGUCGUGAACUGCCCAACUUUAGUGGCCUGAUGUUUUCUCUUUACAAGAGAUUCAAUCUAAGAGUCUACUAUGCCAUUGAAACUAGUGAAAAUAGUUAUAAUUCUGUCCUCUUCAGCCUAACCUUUCUUUCUCUUCAUUCUUAAAGUGGUAAGAGGACAACCGUAUUAUGAUAUGACGAUACUGUCAAUGUUGCAUGUGGUAGAGUAUUUUGACUAGAACGAAACUAAAGAUCAAGCAAGUAUUGUUGGCUACUUGCCAAGUUGAGAAACAAAGUAUUCAAGUGUACACUUUAUUUGUUAGAAAAAAAGCUUUAAAUACAUCGAUUUUCAGCUGCUUAUGGGGGAGUUGGCAGAGAAGGAAAUGAGCAAUUCUUAGUUUCAGAAGAUUAACUUUAUUUCUGGAUGACUCUCUUUCUAUUCUAAAGUUGUAAUAUUAGUAUUGUCCUAUUUUCUUA